AGUCAGAGGGAGAACACCAGGCGGGCGCGGGCGGCUCCGGCUCUAGCUCCGGCCCGGGACAGGCGAGAUGGCGAGCAAUGACAGCAACCACGCCGCAGAGAGCUUCGGCUCCGCGGAGGACGAGGAGGCUUCCCGGGAACUGGAGACCGAGGAGGAGUCAGAGGGUGAGGAGGACGAAACUGCCAUGGAGACGGAGGAGGAGCCGGACGCCAGGUUAUCAGACCAGGAUGAAGAGAGCAAGAUCAAACAGGAGUGUAUCAUAUCUGACCCCUCCUUUUCCAUGGUGACAGUUCAACGAGAAGAUAGUGGAAUAACCUGGGAGACCAACUCAAGUAGGUUUUCCACUCCCUGGGCCUCAGAAGGAAGUCAGACUUCUGGUGUAUGUAGUUUGGAAGGGUCGACUGUGAAUUCUCCUCCAGGGAAUGUUUCAUUUAUUGUGGAUGAAGUUAAAAAGUCUCGGAAAAGAACACGUAAGUCAAAACAUGGCUCACCAUCAUUGCGACGGAAAGGCAACAAAAAAAGACAUUGUUUAGAAUCCCAGGAUGUUCCAGUAAGCACAAAAGACAAUCCUUUAAUUUCAGAAGGCCAAGCACUAAAAAUUGAGAAAGAGAAGUCAUCUAUUGGUAUUUAUGAUAAAACGAGAAAAAAGAAAACUGCCUCCAAUACACCUCCUAUUACCGGGGCAAUAUACAAAGAAUACAAGCCAUUAGUGUUAAGGCCAGUCUACAUAGGAACAGUAAAAUAUAAAAUUAAGAUGUUUAAUUCGGUUAAAGAAGAAUUAAUUCCUCUACAAUUUUAUGGAACAUUGCCAAAGGGUUAUGUAAUUAAAGAAAUACAUUAUAGGAAAGGGAAGGAUGCAUCCAUUAGUCUAGAGCCAGAUUUGGGCAAUCGUGAUUCUAACGUAGUUUCCAAAACAGGCAAAUUAGUAACCCCAAUCAUAAAAGAGGAUAAAGAAAAAGAGCUUGCUCCACCCAGGAUAGGUGCACUCUCCAAAGGAUCAAAAUCCUUAACCUCAUUGUUCAGUAAUGAAGAUCAAAAGAAAAUUCACGUUGAUUCACCAGUAAAUGUAGCAUCUGUAGCCAAGCACACAGUUUCAUCUUAUUCAAGUAAUGAUACAGCAGAACAAGAAAUACAACUCAGCUCUCAGCAGUCAGUGCCACAACAGUCAAGCUAUGAAGCAAAAACCUGUGAAAUAGAGCCUUCCUCUCUUACACACGAUAUAUCUACAACUGUGUUAUUGGAAACAGCAAAGGAAGAUUUUAAGCCUGAUUCACAAGUAACUAUAAUUUCAAAGAAUGACACUUUAGUUUUACCAUCUUUAGCUGAUGAAGUAAAGAAGGAAGAAGUGUUUUCUGCUGACCAUUCCAUUUCACUGGAGGCAGAGAAGGAUUCUCUGGAGACAGUUUCACCAGGUCUGGCAGCAUCCAUUCAGGAAGAUUUUAGCACAGAGAAAGAACAGCUGGACUUGACUUCACUAGAAAGGGCAGAACCAGUCUCUGGACAGCUGACCCCUCCCCAUCAUGGUAUCAAAGAAGAUAAGGAAGAAAACACACCUGAGCCACCCAUUUCUCUUCCUGAGCCUCUAGUGUUAGGAGAACCAAAGAAAGAAGAAAAAGAAACUUGCCUACCAUUGGCUGCUACCCCUGAACCUGAAGAUUCUAAUUUUGUAGAAGAAGAGCUCAUAGAACUUAAUUACCCAGAAAGUCCGUUAGUUUCUGAGGAGUCCUUCCCGCCACGUUUGGCCCCUGAAGUGGAGCAGGAAGAAGAGGAGCCUAUUCUACCAUUAGUGACAACAUCAACACCUGAACAAGUAGUGUUCUCUGAGGAAGAAAGAGAGGAAAAUGAGUCUGUUUCUACUGAGUCUGCUUUUGUGUCAGAGUACUCAGUCCCACAGGAUUUGAACCAUGAACUAGAGAGGAAAGAAAUUGAGCCAGUUUCUCCACCCAUUGCGAAAGGUAUAUCUGAACACGCAGUUUUGUCAGAGGAAGAGAAUGAGGACUUUAAGCCUUCUUUCCCAGCUACGGCCUCUGUGUCUGAACACUCUCUCACACCAUCUACAACUGAGAAGACUUCUGAAUGUGAGUCUCCACUGUUUUCAAUAGCCACAUCAGAACAGAUGGUCCUAUCAGGAGAAGAGGCCUCAGAAAGUGAGUGUUACACACCAGAUUCCAUAUCUGCUUCUGAAUAUUCAAUUCCAUCACAUGCAUUGAAAGAGUCACAGAAGAAAACAAUUGACCGUAAGUCCCCAUUAAAAUCAAAAGGUGUUUCUGAGCAUAUGAUUCUGUCAGAAGAAGAGAAGGAAGACAUUGGAUCAUAUUUCCCAGAUGUGUCCUCUGCAUCUGAACACUCCCUUCCACCUUACACAAGUAGGACUCCGGAAUGCCAGUCACCACCACUUUCAGCUGCUACAUUGGAACAUGCGGUCCUAUCAGAAGAAGAAGACAUAAGAAGUGAGCAUUUCACGUCAGAUUCAACAAUGACUUCCAAAUAUGCAGUUCCACCAAAUGAAACUCAGGAAUCUCAAAAGAAAGUAAUCGAUGAUAUAUCCCAGUUCAAAUCUCAAGGUGUUUCUGAGCAUAUGAUUCCAUCAGAAGAAGAGAAGGAAGAUAUUGGAUCAUAUUUCCCAGAUGUGUCCUCUGUAUCUGAACACUCCCUUCCACCUUACACAAGUAGGACACCGGAAUGCCAGUCACCACCACUUUCAGCUGCUACAUUGGAACAUGAGGUCCUACCAGAAGAAGAAGACAUAGGAAGUGAGUAUUUCACGUCAGAUUCAACAAUGACUUCCAAAUAUGCAGUUCCACCAAAUGAAACUCAGGAAUCUCGAAAGAAAGUAAUCGGUGAUAUAUCCCAGUUCAAAUAUCAAGGUGUUUCUGAGCAUAUGAUUCUGUCAGAAGAAGAGAAGGAAGACAUUGGAUCGUGUUUCCCAGAUGUGUCCUCUGUAUCUGAAUACUCCCUUCCACCUUACACAAGUAGGACUCUGGAAUGCCAGUCACCACCACUUUCAGCUGCUACAUUGGAGCACGCGGUCCUAUUAGAAGAAGACAUAGGAAGUGAGCAUUUCACAUCAGAUUCAACAAUGACUUCCAAAUAUGCAGUUCCACCAAGUGAAACUCAGGAAUCUCAAAAGAAAGUAAUCGAUGAUAUAUCCCAAUUCAAAUCUAAAGGUGUUUCUGAAUACAUGAUUCUGUCAGAAGAAGAGAGGAAAGACAUUGGACCAUAUUUCCCAGAUGUGGCUCCUAUAUCCGAACAUUCUUUCCCACCAUACACAACUGAAACAACUUCUGAAUACCAGUCCCCAUCACCUUCAACUACCCCGUCUGAACACAUGGUCCUAUCAGAAGAGGAGACAGUAGAAAUGGAACGGUACACAGCCUCUCCCACCUCUGCUUCUGAAUUUUCAGUAUCGUCACAUGUAACACAGGAGUCACAGAAGGAAGAAAUUGUCCACAGAUCCCCUUUAAAUCUAAAAGGUGCCUCCUCACCCAUGAAUUUACCAGAACAAGAACAAGAAGACAUUGGACCUUUUUCUCCAGAUUCUGCCUUUGCGUCAGAAUUCUCAUUUUCACCCUAUGCAACUCAGGAAGCAGAGAAGAGAGAAUUAGAGCGUGAUUCUCCAAUAUAUUUAACAUCACCAUCUGAUCAUACUAUUUUGUCAGAUGAAGACACUGAAGAAGCUGAACUUUUUUCUCCAGACUCAGCAUCACAAGUUUCAAUCCCACCAUACAGAGUCCCAGAAACAAAGGAGAAUGAAGUUGAGCCUGAUUCACUGUUAACUGCAAUGUCAGCUUCAGAAUAUUCCUGUUUUCCAGAAGCAGAUGAGGAAGAAAUUGGAUCAACAGCUUCUACACCUAUACCUGAGCAUCUCAGUUUAUCACAGAAACAAAAAGAUGAACUUUCUCCUGUGAUGUCUGCACCUGAAGAUUUGAGUCUACCACCCUUAACGAAUAAAGCAGAGAAGGUAGAAAUUAAACCAGAUGCUGAAACAACCUCAACAUCUGUAUCUGAAUAUCUUAUUUUGGCACAGAAGCGGAAGACUCAAGCAGCUUUGGUGCCUGAGUAUGAAGACUUGAUUCCGCCAUAUUUAACCAAUGAAUCAGGGAAGGGAGAAGUUAAGAUUAGUUCAUCAGUAGCUACAACACCUGCUUCUUUACCUGCAAAAUCAUCCAUGGUAAAGGAAGAAGCCAAACCUGUUGUGCCUGCAUCUCAGUAUUCAAUAUCAUCAGAUUCAGUCCAUGCAAUUAAGAAAGAACAGGAGCUCAAAGUAUCAUUCACUCCAAAAGCUGCAGAUGAACAGAUGGCUUUGUCGAAAGUCAGGAAGGAAGAAACUGUGCCUGAUUUUCAAGCAGCUACAGCACAUGUAUCACAGGAUCAAAAAAUGAAGCCUCAGCCUCCAACUGUUCCAGAGUCCGGGAUGAAAUGUUCAAUUGUGCCUGAGUUGGUAGAUGAGCCAAAGAAGGAUGUCAAGCCCCAUUUAGCUCCAACUGUGGCAUCUGAACUAGAACAGAGAAUGUUGUCAAAGAAUGAGCCUGAAGUAAUAAAACCACAGUCACCUCUAAAGGAAAUAUUCUUGUCUGGACCUGAGAUUUCAUCAGCAAUGAAAACAGAAAUUAGACAUGAUUCUAAAAUAACAGGUACACCUGAAGUUCCAUAUUCAUCUUCAUCAGGAGUGGAAAAGGAAGUUGAAUAUGGUCCACCCGCACCAGCAUUUUCAGCUUUCCCAGAAGAAAUAAAGAAAGAAGUUGAACCCAGUUCUUCCACAAGCACGGCAUCUGUAACUACGCAUGAUUCAAGUUUAAUCAAAUUAGCAAAAGAAGAAAUCCAACCAGAUUCACCAGUUACCAUCCCUAUUGAACAUCCAAUCUUAACAAAAGUAGGAAAGAGUGAAUUAGGAAUUGGUUUACCACCACCUGUAACAUCUAUAGACAAACAUUCAAUUCCCAAAGAAGAAAAAAUAACAGCUAAAGGUGCUUCUUCUCCCAUUGAAAAUACUGCAUCCAAAUGUUGGUCAGAAGCAGAGAAGGAAAUUAAAUUAGAUUCACCUCCAAGUGUAUCCUCUAUAUCAGAGCACUCUAUUUUAUCAAAGGUAGAAACUGAAGAAAUUAAACCUGGGUUGUCAGUAACCAAAACAUCUUCACCAGUGCAUUCAGAUAUAUCUAAAGAAACAAGGGUAGAAAAAGAACAAGAUCUUUCAUUUUCUGCAGUCCUUCACUCUGAACAUUUGAUUUUAUCACAGAAAAAGGACUCUUCCUCAGAGGUAUUAGGACCUGAUCUUUUGCUUUCACCCAAACUAGAUGGUGAGGUAAAGGAAAAAGAAACUGAGCUUCCUUCAUUACAAAAUGUGUCUCCUGCGUCCAAGCAGACGAUUCCAAAAGGCAAAAAUGAGGAAAUACCAUGUUCUUCUCCCAAGUUGGAAAAUUUAGUGCCAGAAGAUUUAGUCCCAACACCUACUACAAUGCCUAAAAUUUCAGAGAUUUCAUCGUGCAUUGGGGAGGAAACUCAGAAUCAAGAAAUUGAGCCUUUCUCUCCUAAGGGAGUUAGCUUAGGGUCAAAAGAAGCAUCUACCUGUCUGACUGAAGGAGAAAAUCUGGAAAAUCUGCAGCCAUAUACAUUUUCUUUCAAAGGAUUAUCAGAGGAAUUGAACCAUUUAACCGACUUUAAAAAAGAAGAAAAACAGGAAAUAAGCCCAUUACCACCAACAGAAGACUUGAAGUCACAAGUGAUGGGAGAUAUUUCAACUGAACUAAAUGAAGAAACCUGCCAACCUGACUCCUUCCAUGUACCCCAGAGUAUAACAGAACCAUCAAAGAUCCCCUCUUCUGACCUCCUUGUGGAACAAAAGAAGCCCAGAAAAGCACUUUAUUCAGAUAAAGCUGCCAAAUCGCCUGAUGUAAGCAGCUCUUUUGCAGAUAAACAAGAUCUAGGCAGUAAACAACUUUCCUUUAUGAAAGAAAAUUUGCCUUUGGAAGAAUCAAAAUCAUUUGUGACAACUGAGUUGACAGAUGUUAAAGAAACAGAAAUGAAAGAGCCUCUUAUUUCUCCAAAGGAUGAAAAUUGGAUGCUGGAAAAGCCAGAAAGAGAUUUGCCCAGUCAUCAUGAAGAAAGAAUCCUAGGAUCUGUGCAGCAGGAUUCCUCUGGCAGCAGUGGCCUGAUGACAGGGCACCUUAAGGCUGCUUUGUCAGAUAAAGAACAUACAUAUGAAAUCAGAGAGCAAGUUCUGCCACAUUCUGUGGGAGAACCUCUUUUAUCAUUACAAGAGCCAGUAUCUACUCUAGAGAGCUCCAGUGGUAAUGUAGAGGCACUAACAACUGAAACUUACUCUUUUGAAGAAAUAAAGCUGACCCAAGAACCAAAAUCUAUAGUUUCAGUUGGAAGUGUAGACAGAAAUGUAGCAGAGGGAGAGCAGAUUCAUUCUCUUGUGGGGAGUGAAAGUUUGAUAUUGGAGAAAGCAAGCACAGAAUUUUCCAGGCCUUGCAAAGAGGACAGCCAAGAAGAAAUCAAACAGUCUUCUGAAAAAAUCCUCCAGAAACCAGUUUCUGGCCCAUCAGUAGAACAGAUCAAGUCAGAAAUAAUUCCCUCUUCCACCAAAGAAGCCCAUUUGCUAGCAGCAGAUGCAGAAUCUCCCCCAAGUAAUGAAAAAGAAGCACAAAGCACCACAACUCGUUUACCUGGAGAGAAGCCAUUAGAACAAUCAAAAAUGGCUAAAUCAAAGGUUGUAGAUGAUGAUACAUCUACAGUGAAAAUACCCACACAAAGAAAACCCAUCUCCUCAAUCCAAGCUAAUGAGGAACCUAAGCCCCCAGAGUCACCUGAGGUAACGCAAAGGCUGCCUGAGCAGCCAAACGCAGUUGAGCCAGUCCUUUCUGAAGAAAAGGGAAAGAAAGGAAUUUCAUCUUUGAAAUCAUGGAUGUCCGAUUGGUUUUUUGGAUCAAGCACUUUAGAUAACAAAGUUGCCAAAAAAGAUUUAGAAGCUAAGCCAAGUCAAUCUGCAGAAAAAGCAGUGCCUGUGAUGGAACCUAAAGGUACCAUUCUAGCUGCCCCUGCUGAUUUUAAUGCAAUUGAGAAACCAGUUGAUCAUCCAUUACCAGAGACAAAACUUAUAACUGCUGAAGAGUCUAGAGCUGCUUUAGUUAAACCUAGUGAAGGUCAAGACUUUAACGAAAAACCCGCAUUUUUACCAAAUGUAGAAGACUUAAAACAGCCAAAUUCCAACGGUGAGGCAUCUAGUGAAGGUUAUGGGAAGAAAGAAACCCUAGAGUAUCCAGAAGAAAUGGACAUAAACUCAGAAGCUACUUCUGCUGAUGGUGAGGAACAUCUUGGAAUUCAACCCUAUUCCCUCAUGGGUGAGAAAUUGGUUAUGAGAGAAGCCAAACGUGUGGUUCCUCUUCAUGUCACUGAUAGUAAAAGAGUCCAGAAGCCAGCAAUCUCUCCUCCUUCUACAUGGAAAAUUUCUAUUCUUAAGGAAGAGCCAAGAAAUGAUCAAAAAGAAAAAUCACUCUUUUCAUUUGAUACAGUAGAUAAGGUGCCACAACAGCCAAAAUCUGCUUUAUCCAACUUCACAAGUAAAAAUAUCACAAAGGAAUCAGAGAAGCCAGAGUCAGUAAUUUUACCAGUGGAAGAAUCAAAAGGCAGUUUAAUUGAUCUUGGUGAAGACAGACUAACGAAAGAAAUCCCAAAACCUACUUCCCUGAACAUUUCUGAAGAGGAAAUAAAACUCAGGUCUGUUAGCCCAACUGAAGAGAAAGAUAACUUAGAAACCAGAUCACAUUACUUGGCAGAAAAGAAGGUGAUCGCAGAAACACAAGAAACUCUGGCCCCAUUAGAGCUUAAAGAUAAUAAUGAAAUACAAAAGGCACAAGUUACACAUGAAUCUAGACCUAUUAAAUUAGAAGAAUCAAGAGCUGCUGCUAUGUUGCAAGUCUGUCAAAAUGAAGACCACAAAGAAAGAUCCAAAAUUAUUGUUGGUUCUGAGGAGGAGAAAGGAAAAGAAGGAGAAAAGUGGUCACAUGUACUUUCAGAAGAAAAAAAGCAGCAGGAAAUUCCACCUUCUUCUAUGAACGUAGCCCGAUCUAAGCUUGAAGAGUCAAAUAUCUCUUUAAGUCUUUCUUUGGAUGAUACUCAACCAUUUUCAUUAGUUAAAGUCACAUCAUUUAUUGAAAAAUCACAAACUAUGCUCUCAGAGGCUCACACAGAAAUUAGGGAAACAAAGGCAAUAGGCACUCAGCCACAUCCAUUAGAAGAAAGGAAAAUUUUGGUGGAAAAAACCAGGACUUUCAUUCCAGUGGAUCUUCCUUAUCGUGAUGAAUUAGAUAACCACUCUUUACUUGAGGAGAGCAAUCUGGUAUUGGAAAAGUCAAGCAGGGACAUGACAGGUCACAGUGAAGAAAAGGGACAGUUCACAUUGUCAGAGCUGUCAAAAGGCGGUUCAGCAGAUAUCACAAAGGAAAGCAUUAAGCAAGGAUCUUCAUUUAAAGAAUCUGAAAGGACUUUAGAUAGUUCUUUAGAUGAAACAAAGAGCUUAGAAACACCACAUUUGUUGUCAUCUGUAAAACCACAAACACUUGUUUUAGGAGCUUCUCCAGAAAUUAGUACAGCAAAGAAACAAGAAAAGCCACAGUCAGAAUUGACUCAAGAUAGGCAUGCAAUCCAAACUAUUAAAAUAAAUAAAGAUCAUACAACUGUUAUGCCUGAACAAUCUGUUUUUGUUUCAAAGCACCAUUUGGAGGCUGAGGAAGAUGUCCACAUAAAUGAACCACGUGCUUUAGAAAGCAGCAACUAUACUCAAUUUAUAAUGAAUGCAUCAGCAAUCAGUACUGAUGAAACUGUUCUUACUAAAGAAAUAUUCAAGGAGCCUCGAGACACAAAUGCAAAAGAUGAAUUUACGGUGACUAGUAAGCCAGCUGGACUUUCAGAAGAUCAAAAGAGUGCCUUCAGUAUCAUUUCCGAAGGUUGUGAGAUAUUGAAUAUUCAUGCUCCUGCAUUUAUUUCUUCAGUUGAUCAGGAGGAAAGUGAACAAAUGCAAGAUAAGUUAGAAUAUUUGGAAGAGAAGGCCUCACUUAAAACCAUAUCACUUCAUGACAAUAGUGAGGCAUUUGCUUGCCAUAAAACAUUAAAGAGCAAGUUAGAAGUUUCUGAUGAAAAAGUUGCAUUAUUGAAAGAAAAUAAACAAAAAGAAACUCAUAAAAUAAAAGAGGAAAUAUCCACAGAUUCAGAAAAUAGUGAUUUAGCCUUUAUUCAGCCCACAAUUCCCAGUGAGGAGGAUUAUUUUGAAAAAUAUACUUUGAUUGAUUAUAACAUCUCCCCAGACCCAGAAAAACAGAAGGCGCCACAGAAAUUACAUGUUGAAGAGGAAUUCUCAAAGGAAGUUUCAGAGGAAACUAUCUCUUUCCCAGAAAGUGCAGAGGAAAGUGCCCUAGAACGUGAAUAUGACUUGGUGGAAUUGGAUGAAAGUUUUUAUGGACCAGAAAAGGACCACAGCAAAUUAUCUCACCCAGAGACCCAAAAGUCUUUAGUUAUCCAAAAAUCAGCUGACAGAGAUACUCCAAAGGGCUUAAAUAGAGAUGUGGACUCAAAGUCACCAGGGAUGCCUUUAUUUGAUACAGUGGAAGGAGUUUUGUCACGAACUCAGAUAUUUCCUACCACUGCAAAACUCAUUAAUCCAGAACUUUUGGAGGAGGCACCUGCACUUGCAUUUUUAUACAAGGAUCUGUACGAAGAAGCAGUUGGAGAGAAAAAGAAGGAAGGGGAGACAGUUUCUGAAGGUGACAGCGUGAAUUCUGAGGCAUCAUUUCCGAGCAGAAAUUCUGACACUGAUGAUGGAACAGGAAUAUAUUUUGAGAAGUACAUACUCAAAGAUGACGUUCUCCAUGACACAUCUGUAACUCAGAAGGACGAAGGCCAAGGUCUGGAAGAAAAACCAAUUGGCAAAGAUGAUUUAUACCAACCGGUAGCUGCAGAAGGAGAAAUUUGGGGGAGGUUUGGAACUAUUUUGGGAGAGAGGAGUCUGGAAGAGGAACAGAAAGCUGUUUGCAGGGAAGGAGAAUCAGUAGGUCAUGUGGAGACACUUGAUGAUGUAGAGAUGCAGAAGAAAUCUCCUGUCACUGAGGAAGUCAGGGUGGUUACCCAGAAGAUAAGCUAUGCUAUUCCAUUUGAAGACACUCAUAAUGUCCUGGAGAGAGUAGAUGAAGCUAGCAGUGAGGCUAAUGAAGCAGGAGAUGCAACUCCAGAGGUCAGUCUGAAUGUCCCAGUACAAGUGUCCUUCCCAGAGGAAGAAUUUGCAUCUGGUGCGACUUGCAUUCAAGAAACACUGCAAGAAGAACCUAAGAUGGUCUCGCCUGAGCCACAAGAAGCUAGGCUCCGCAAUAGCCCUGUUCAAGAUGACUAUGAGUUUGCUGAAUCUCUGAAUUAUGAAGUGGUCACUGAAGACAUUUUAUCAGAAGGACUGUGUUCAGACACCACACCUGAAGAUGUGUUAUCUCAAGGAAAGGAAUCCUUUGAACACAUCAGUGAAAAUGAAUUUGUGAGGGAGGUGGAACAAAGUAUGCCUGCUGAACCGAAAGACUUCGGCAGAGAGAGGACAGAACAAGACCAAUUAUCACCAGAGUUAGUAACUGAGAAGGCACAAAAGGAACCGAAAAAGUCCCAGAUUGACACAUAUUGUUACACUUGCAAAAGCCCAAUUUCUGCAAGUGACAAGAUAUCUGGCACCCACAAAGACCAUGAGGUUUCAACGCUUGACACAGCUAUAAGUGCUGUAAAGGUUCAAUUAGCAGAAUUUCUAGAAAAUUUACAAGAAAAGUCCUUGAGGAUUGAAGCCUUUGUUAGUGAGAUAGAGUCCUUUUUUAAUACCAUUGAGGAAAACUGUAGCAAAAAUGAGAAAAAGCUAGAAGAACAGAAUGAGGAAAUGAUGAAGAAGGUUUUAGCCCAGUAUGAUGAGAAGGCCCAGAGCUUCGAGGAAGUAAAGAAGAAGAAGAUGGAGUUCCUGCAUGACCAGAUGGUCCACUUCCUGCAGAGCAUGGAUACUGCCAAGGACACCCUGGAAACCAUUGUCAGAGAAGCGGAGGAGCUAGACGAGACUGUUUUCCUGACUUCGUUUGAAGAAAUCAAUGAAAGGUUGCUUUCCACAAUGGAGAGCACCGCUUCUUUAGAGAACAUGCCUGCUGGGUUUUCACUUUUUGAACAUUAUGAUGACAGUGUGGCAAGAAGUGACCAGAUGUUAAAACGAGUAGCUGUUCCACAACCUCCUAGAUUAGAACCUCAGGAACCAAAUUCCGCCACUUGCACAACGAUUGCAGUUUAUUGGAGCAUGAACAAGGAAGAUGUCGUAGACUCAUUCCAGGUUUACUGCAUGGAGGAGCCACAAGAUGAUCAAGAAGUAAACGAAUUGGUGGAAGAAUACAGAGUGACAGUGAAAGAAAGCUACUGCAUUUUUGAAGAUUUGGAACCUGACCGAUGUUACCAAGUAUGGGUCAUGGCUGUGAACUUCACUGGAUGUAGCCUUCCCAGUGAAAGGGCAAUUUUUAGGACAGCACCCUCUACCCCUGUAAUCCGCACCGAGGACUGCACCGUGUGUUGGAACACAGCCACUGUCCGAUGGCGGCCUGCCAACCCGGAGGCCACGGAGACCUACACUCUGGAGUACUGCAGACAGCACUCUCCUGAGGGCGAGGGUCUCAGAUCUUUCUCUGGAAUUAAAGGACUCCAGCUGAAAGUUAACCUUCAACCCAAUGAUAAUUAUUUUUUCUAUGUGAGAGCCAUCAACGCAUUUGGGACAAGUGAGCAGAGUGAAGCUGCCCUCAUUUCCACGAGAGGAACUAGGUUUCUACUGCUGAGAGAAACAGCUCACCCUGCACUGCAAAUUUCCUCCAAUGGGACAGUGAUCAGCUUUGCUGAGAGAAGACGGCUGACAGAAAUCCCAUCAGUGCUGGGCGAGGAGCUGCCUGCCUGUGGCCAGCAUUACUGGGAAACCACGGUCACAGACUGCCCAGCUUAUCGACUUGGCAUCUGCUCCAGCUCGGCUGUGCAGGCUGGUACCCUGGGACAAGGGGAGACCUCAUGGUACAUGCAUUGUUCUGAGCCGCAGAGAUACACGUUUUUCUACAGUGGCAUUGUGAGUGACGUUCAUGUGACUGAGCACCCAGCCAGAGUGGGCAUUCUGCUGGACUGCAACAACCAGAGACUUCUAUUCAUAAAUGCCGAAAGUGGGCAGUUGCUCUUCACCAUUAGGCACAGGUUUAAUGAGGGCGUUCACCCUGCUUUUGCCUUAGAGAAACCUGGAAAAUGUACUUUGCACCUGGGGAUAGAGCCCCCGGAUUCCGCAAGGCACAAGUAAUCAUUUGCUUUCAGAGACUGGAAGAGGAGUAAUUCAAAUUCCGGGGGCCUGUUGCUCUUUCCACUGGGUGCUGUACAUUAUUCAACAAAUCUCCCACACAUUCGCACUCACGAUAGCUACACGCACAGUAACAGCACGUGAGCAAAACCACCCAGAAAACCUGGACUGUAUGAGUAGGGUGUGAGUAAAGAGGGUGCUAAAAACAACUUCCACCCUUUGGUACAUAUAUAUUUGAGCUGCUUCCUAGAUUAAAAGAAUUUACACUUGACUUGGGAACCAAAAUAGAGACAUGGACUUCCACUUGUUCUAUUAGUAUAAGAAACUCUCUGAUGGACGGGGCUGAGUGAAGGGAAGGUUGUGUUAGUAAUACAUCUCCUCUGAUGCACAAAACUGACUUUUCCACAAGAAAAAUGCCACCACGCUUCACUAAAUGAUGAUGAAUCCUAAUCACUAGGGAAUACUGCACACUGAGAAGGUGUUUUAACUGUGCUGAGUUUAUAAUUAACUCUUUUGUAAUAAUGUAUACUAUAGAACACGAGUCUCUUGUUUUUCUCAAAUUUCAAAUGUAGAAAAAUGCUAGCUCUUAGAAACUCCCAUUUUCUUUAAUAAAUGGUUAGAG